CUUUCGGUCUACCAUCACUAGAUCCUCAAUCAAAAGAGAGAAAACACUGCCCACCAAAAAAAACCCCUUUUUCACACACAACAAGAAUGGCUUCUUUCCAGCGAUUCUUACAGGCAACAACGGCCACCCUGCCAAGACAAUGUGCAAGUGCAGGAAUCUUGUUCGCAACAGGAGAUUGUAUUGCACAACAAGUUGUCGAAAAGAAAGGAAGCAAGCAUGAUAUCAUUAGAACGGCUCGCCUAACAGCUUAUGGUGGUUUAAUCUUUUCUCCCAUUGCGGCAUUUUGGUUAGGAAAAGUGUUGGAACGUGUACCAUACAAAGGAUUAGCUGGAACGGUAACAAAAGUUGCUUUGGAUCAGAGUAUCGCUGCACCUAGUUUGCUAGCACUCUUUUUCACUUCUACAACUUUAAUGGAAGGUAAAAGUCUCGAUGACGUAAAGGUGAAACUGCAAAAAUCAUACUGGAGCACACUGCUAACAUCUUGGGCCGUUUGGAUUCCCGUUCAAUCAAUCAAUAUGGCAUUUGUUCCACCGCCUCAACGACUUUUAUUCGUAAACGUAGUGAGCAUCUUUUGGAAUACCUUCUUAGCCCUCGUUGCUUCGGGAGGAGGUCCGGGUGAAUCUCAACGUGAUGAAGCAAAUUUGGAAUUGGGCAAAUUACCCUCUCAUGUAAAAGAUCAAUUACCACAAUUGCGUAUGGAAGGAAAAGCAGCAAAGAUGUGGUAAACUUGUAUCUUAAAGCAAACUUUCAUGUACACCGCUACCUAUCUUGUGACCAAUCAAUGUAUAGAACUCAUGACUUUUUCUAGAAUUUUGACACCUAUGG